UCAGAAAAGCAUCUUUUAUGAUGAUCAUGGAUUUGAUAAGGAUGAUAUACGUAGUGAGGAUUACGCAAGGCUGAUUUCAAGCUCGUAGUGAAGUAUUAAAAAGAAUUAUGGUGGGAAUUUGGGACAUGAAUGCUAAAGCCAUUACCUUUUUGCUCAUUGCCUUCAUCCUUCACACAGGAUGCUGUCAGUACUGUUACACUGGAAUCCAUGAUGCAAAAAUUAAGUUGUAUUGUCCUUCAGAAACAUGUUUGAAACAUGUCACAGAGUAUGACAACACCCAGGCUGUUGUCUACAGCUGUAGCCUGAAGAGUCAUGAUGAAGGCUGCAGAAGAGAUGAGUCUCCAGUAGGUUAUAUUGAAAAUUGUUACUGCAAGGGCAAUCUGUGUAAUGGAUCUGGUGCAGUAGCCAUAAUACUUUAUCUCCUGUUGGGAAGUUUUCUCCUGAAUAUGUUUGUAUGAUCCUUAUUGUAAUAUUUCUUUGUGCAAAAUAUAUCUACCAAGAGAAAACACACUCAAUUUCACUUAAUAUAGAGUACUGUAUGAACUGUAUGAAAAAUUGCCAGAGGAAAUAAUUAAAAAAAGUAUUUUUUUUUUAAAUGUCAUUACAUUAAACCAACCUUUUGGUCACCAGUAUCUACAUUUCCAGGUACUAAUCCACAAUAAUGUUCAUUCCAAAUAAUUAUGACACAGUUUCAGUAUUCCACGUUCAUUAAUAGUUUAAAAUCUUUGUAACAAAGAAAUUCUCCAUUAUUUAUGGUUUGUCAUGGUCGUUUUGUUUUACAAUAAGGUACAUAUACCCUUACUAAAGCACUGCUCAGUUGUAAGCAGUUAAUAAUGAUGGUACUUCAGAAGGAUUACACAUUUUAUGCAUCUUAAAUUAUGAGUAUAUUAAUCAUAAACCAUUGUGAUCUAAACUUAAAACUAUUAGAUAGGUUGGGGCCAUCUUCAUUGUGGCAUUUUAUGGUUCACGUACACUACAUAAUUAUGGCUACAUCCAUCAGAGAACUUGAUCUUCCUAAUUGAAUUCUAACACUCAUCUCUGUUACUGCUGUUGAGAGGAGGCACGAGUCACACUUCUUCAGUCAUUCUAAGCUUGAGGUUACCUUUUUAUGUAUAUUUAAAACAAGACUAGUAGACCACCUCUUUGCAACUACAAGAAGCUGAUCUAAGUUUUUAAGGCAACAUUAAAACAAAGUUUAUCAUCAUUGUAAAUAGUUUUAAGUCAGGAAAUUUUUUGUAGUUACAUCUCUAUGAGAGCAUCAUGACUCAAAAUAUUAUACGUACUGUACUAUAAUGAAUCACUGGUCUCACAUCUGAAAAAGAACUGUAGUUUGUACUUCAUAAAUUUCAAAAUAGUUCAUUCUGAACAUUAAGAUUACUUUCCAUUUUUCACAGUAUAGCAAACCAUUAAUUUUUUUGUAGCAUGUAUGAGAACACUAUAUGGUACCUAAGGCCACACACUUAUUCAUAAAAAGCAUCUUGGCAGAUGGCAUUGUUCAUGUACAAAUAAGGUAAUAACUUUCAAAUUCAAAAGGCACCUCACGGAAAAAUGUGAGACAUGGUUCCACUUUCCAACAGGAAGAAUUACAUAAUGUAAUAUUUCAUAAGGAUAUGUGAUAAUAAAAGAAUUAUAUGUUCUAAAAAAUUAAGGAAAUCUCUGUGUAGUUUUUUUGUAUGCAAAAAAGUAAAAAAUUUGUAUUUUUUUUUAAUACUCAAAAGUAAAAAUAAAUGAUAAGUAAACUAGUAAACUAUCACAUUCAACUUGGGAGCUAACAGAUCAACCAUGGUUUUUAACCCUGGAUAAGUAACCUUAAAUUUGUGUCAUGAUUUGGGUAACCUAGGUACGUAUUUGUACCAGCGGCUCCAAAGUUAUACCAUUGUGAACGUAUUGGUUCUAUUCCAUAUUACAUGUAUUUUGUAUCAAUAUUUAAUAUAUUCUUCUAUCUGUACAAAGGAAAUGUAAAAAAAGGAUCAAAUAAAAAAAUAAAUUU